CUAUUGGGGUUCCUUACUCUUCAAUCUAGGUGCUUUUAUUCUACCAGCCCUAUAUGCUACUCUCAGCAAGCUAUGGGUUGCGCAAAUUGACUCAAAUCAAGUGGUGACGACCGACAUAUACACCUAUAUUGGAGUAAUUGUUGAGGUCUUGAAUGAGGGGUUCCCUCGUUCCGCGUGGUUGCUGAUCGGAGACAAUGCAACUCGCAGCAUGCGCUCACGCUUGAACCUUGCGUGCACAAUGAUUACAGCCACUACAUCGCUAGGCUUCAUGGUAAUGUUAAUAUUUCUCUCUUACCCGCAAAGCCUUGCAUCGGCGUUUGUUCCAACUCAGGUUCGACAUGCUUCUAUCACAUACGUGCGGUUAUCUUCUGUCCAGUUUCUUACCUCAGCCGCGGAAGCUGCUUUAUCAUCAUCAACACGCGCGUUGGACAACCCUGAUGUGCCUUUGAUCAUAAGCUCGAGCAAGUUCAUAGUCAAUAUAGUAUUGGACCUGCUUAUAAUCUCAAGGUUCCAUAUCGGGCGCUCAGAGCCAACUGUCGUCAGUCAGGCCACUAUCAGGCUUGUUUGUGACUGUCUUUCUGCUCUUACAGGCUUGGCAUAUUUCGCAAAUAUUGUCAAAUCCCGCAAGAGGGAAGCAGGAGAUCGACGCUACUUUGAAAUAAGCAUCUCAGCAUUGAAGACUUUGCUUCGACCAAGCACAUACACCUUCUUGGAAUCCGCUCUCAGGAACGCAAUCUACCUCUGGAUCGCGCAUGAGAUUGUGCAGCUCGGGGAAGAUUAUGCCACUGCUUGGGGCGUCUUCAAUACUAUCCGCUGGGGCCUAGUAAUGGUCCCUGUAUUAGCACUCGAAACAUCAACUCUUACGUUCAUUGGCCACAAUUGGGGCCAUUUCCGAGCAUCGAAAGAGACAGAGAAUCCAAGGGCAUCGACCAAGGAGAUUCUAGGGAUUUUGCGACCCGCUCUUAUGUCAUGCUUCAUCGCACUUAUCUUCGAAGUUGUGCUUUUCGCUGCCCUUUUCGUACAUGGUAUCCACGCAUUCGCGUACUACUUGUCUGGCUCAACAAAUGUGGCGACAAUAAGCCAAAGAAUGUGGAAGGCACGUACUUCCAAGUCUUUACAAAGGUUGUUACUAACCUACAUUUUCGCAGCUGUUCUGCUUGCUACAUCACCUCGAUGGUAUCUUUAUCAAGCGUUAGGUUCCAACCUUCUUUGGAUGAUGCCUUGGGCAAUUGUCGCCUCCACAAUGGCAUUCCCUUUGUCCUUAUCGUGGACCUAUUAUGCCAUCAUUUUUGGAGGUGCGAACAUCUUUAGUUUUGUUGUUGUGAGCGUGGUGCUCUUUAUGUGGCUUUACAGAUUGUGCGAGGGAAAGAUCAAGUCAAACUCGGCACACGGUGACUAG